ACAGGAUCGAAAGGGAUGAUCGAGCAAAGGUCCCAAUGACAUCACGGCGGGGCGGGAGCGACGGGUACAAAAGUCCGCCCAGCCCUCCGAGCAGCGGUUCGGAGGACGGUUUUACGAACCGGCCCCGGGUGGCUGGCCUCUACAUCAAGAACCUGAGCAGAGAGGAGCUGGAUGAGUUGGCCAAGGAAGGUAUCUACGGGCCCACGGGCAACCCGAACGACCGACCCCGCGAUGGCGGCAGUCAGAGGAGUCUCAACCUUCCAGGUAGCAGCAGAGACCCGGAUCAGGAUCGCGCGGCCAGAGCGCCCACCUCCAGGACGCCGCAACCGCCCAGGAGAUCCGGCAUCGGGACCAGACACCGUGAACUUACCGCCGGACUUCCGGUGGAGGACUUAGCGCGACGAGAUCACUAUGGCUCGCUUCCCACGGACAGAGGCUGGCCGAGGCGGCCGGAGGAUCGUCCGGGGCAGCCUUCGCCGGAGAGGACCGGUGUCCGAGGUUCCUCCGAGUCCCUCGCCGGUCGAAGAGAACCGUCCGCUCGGCUCGGCGCCGAUGUGGGCUCACCCCGAGGAAGUUCCAUCGACGUGCGGAACAUCGGCGAGGAUUCCAGGCAGCCGCAUCGCCUUGCGGAAGUCCCGAGGCGUCCACCACCACCGCCACCCCGUGUUCCUCCGUCGACCUCAGGAGUCGACGAGAACCAGGGGAUGUCGGGACCGGUCGGGCGACCGCCACCGUCGUACGCGGGUCUGAGUCCGCCGGAGUACAGCAAGCACGAGGAGCCGCAGGUGUCGAAGAUUCGCCCCAAGGUCGUGACGAGAACCUACCAAGUCGAUGACGAGAAACCAGGCCCAGACACGCCGUACGAGCGUCCAAGUUCGCCGUUGCCGGGGGACAGCAAAAACCCUCAAGCAACCCCCAAGUCGACGGAACCGCGCGACGAUACCGGAAAAGCGGAGGAGCUCUCGAGUCCAUCGCAAAUACCGGUGACGGACAAGCCGACGUCGCCGGCGACGACCAAGAGAAUCGGCUCCAAGAGGGUACAGGACAGCACGAGGCUGCGACCGCCGUUGGCCGGGACUGUCGGUACUUCCGCCGAUUCCGGCACCGGGGAUUCCGGAAGCGCGGAGAUCCAGGCGGACAUUGUAACCCCGCAGACCGCAUCCGGCGACAUUUUGGAUCUGAGCAACGUGUCCAAGUCGAACGGGGGUAAGUCACCCGGCUCGAGAACCCCCGGCAGCAAGGGCGGCAAGCAGACGGUAAAGCCGUUCACGAAGGAGAGCCUCGAGAAGUUGGAGAACAAGACUGUGCAGUUAGUGCGCGAGUAUGGCUUUCAACCGAAGAGAAAGAUGUCGGUGGAGGAUGGUGCCGUACUGCCGAACAAGUUCGAACCGUUUCCGGACAAUCUUUAUGGCAGGCCGCUGGAGGAGAUCGACAAUUUCAUCUACGACGAGACGUUCUGCGUGGUGUCCAAAAGGUUCCGCAAGAACUACAUCCAUAGGUUUACGGCGACCAAUAGCUGGUUCAUAUUCUCCCCGUGGAAUCCUAUACGGCGGUGCUGUAUCUUCCUAAGUACUAAUCAGUACUUCGAUUACGUGGUCAUGGCUACUAUACUCCUCAACUGCGUCUUCCUGGCCAUGACCGAAACCGUCGAGGAAGCCGAAUAUAUCUUCCUAGCCAUAUAUACAGCGGAAAUGGUGAUAAAAUCAAUAGCGAAGGGAUUUAUACUAAACAAGUACACUUAUCUGCGGAAUCCCUGGAAUUGGUUGGACUUCGUGGUGAUUACCAGCGGAUACGCCACCAUCGGGAUGGAAGUGGGGAAUUUGGCCGGUCUUAGGACGUUCAGGGUGUUGAGAGCACUUAAGACUGUAUCCAUUAUGCCAGGUCUAAAGACCAUCAUCAACGCACUGUUGCACAGCUUCAAGCAACUUGCCGAAGUAAUGACGCUGACGAUUUUCUGCCUGAUGGUUUUUGCAUUAUUCGCUUUGCAGGUUUAUAUGGGUGAACUUAGGAAUAAGUGUGUGAGGCACCAAGAGCCGAACGCCACGCAAAUCGAUUGGGUCGAGUGGACUUGGAACUCAUCCAAUUGGGCGUUCAACGAAGACGAAGAGCCAAUCAUCUGCGGCAAUGUAACCGGCGCCAGGCAUUGCAACGAGAGCUACACUUGUCUUUGCGUUGGCCCUAAUCCAAACCACGGUUACACCAACUUCGAUAAUUUCCUGUGGUCAAUGCUCACCACCUUUCAGCUGAUUACUCUGGAUUACUGGGAGGACGUCUACAACAAGGUGUUGUCCGCAUGCGGACCUAUCAGCGUCACAUUCUUCACGGUGGUCGUAUUCUUCGGCUCGUUUUAUCUGCUGAACUUGAUGCUGGCCGUCGUGGCGUUGAGUUACGAAGAAGAAGCCGAGAUCACGAACGAGGAACGGAGGAAGGAUCUGACGGAUCAUCGCGAGGACUCGACGUUCAGCUUCGAUCCGUCGAAAAUCAACAUCAGGACCCUGACGAAAGACAAGCAGAAGCGGAUAGACGCGCGCAAGGGGGUGCUGCUGAGCAGCUACACGAGGAAGAAGACGCGCAGAAGGAAACGUGGCAGGAGCAGCGCCGGCCAGGAGAGAAACGGUGCACGCAGCAGAUCCGUGACACCCAGUCCAAGUCCGAGUCCCAGGCACUCCAACGUGAGGCCUUGCCACUUGCCGCUUCAGAAUGUCAGUCCCAGGCCGCCGGAGCCCAACAUGAUCCAUCGUCUGGCGCCGAAUCGGAACAUGCUGCACUCCAGGCAGGCCAGCAACAACAGCAAUCAGCAGUCGUCGCUGGACGAUUCCGGGGUGGUGGACGACCACGACGGCGACGACGUCACGUCCGCCGAGGAACACGACAAGCGCGAGUCGCGGGAGCACCGCAUCGAGAGGUGCCAGGAGAAGUCUCCAAGGGAACACGGAAGGCCCCAGAUGUUCCAACCGAGGCCCGAUUUCCCACCGGCUCCGGUCACCGUGUCGGUGAAGACUGGCAACCGGGAGAUUCGAGUGCUCAAGUGCAACGGGGUGAAAACGAAGAAACAUAUGUACGCGCUGCCGCCAGAGUACCUGUCGCACAUUGUAGUUUUAGAUGAUCUUCCAGAUAGAAACUGCGAUAGGUGUAUCCAAUGCUGCGUAGACUACGAAGGAUGGCUACGAUUUCAGAACUGCCUGUACAAGGUGGUGAGAGAUCCUCUGUUCGAGCUAAUGAUCACGCUCUGUAUCCUUCUGAAUACCGUCUUUCUGGCGCUGGAGCAUCACGGCAUGAGCGAAUCGAUACGACAGGCGCUCAACAUCGGCAACAAGGUGUUUACCAGCAUUUUCACGUUCGAAUGCUUCCUGAAGCUCCUGGCGCUCAGCAAGGACUUCUUCAACAACGGUUGGAACAACUUCGACCUGAUCAUCGUUUCCGCGUCACUCAUCGACCUGACGUUUGAGCUGGUGGACGGCCUGUCGGUGAUACGCGGCCUCCGACUGCUGCGCGUGCUGAAGCUCGCGCAGUCCUGGACCACCAUGAAAGUCCUCCUCAGCAUCAUCAUCUCGACGAUCGGCGCGCUCGGUAACCUGACCUUCGUGCUCGUGAUCGUGAUCUAUAUAUUCGCCGUGAUCGGCAUGCAGCUGUUCAGCAAGGACUACACCCUGGACAAGUUCUACCCGGACCCGGUGCCGCGCUGGAACUUCAACGAUUUCUUCCAUUCGUUCAUGAUGAUAUUCCGCAUCCUGUGCGGCGAGUGGAUCGAGCCGCUCUGGGACUGCAUGCGCGCGGAGAGGGACGACGGGCCGGGCACGUGCUUCGCGAUCUUCCUGCCGGCCCUGGUGAUGGGUAACUUCAUGGUCCUCAACCUCUUCCUUGCGUUGUUGCUCAACAGUUUCAAUUCCGAGGAGCUCAAGCAGAAGAAGGAGGAGGUUGGGGAGGAAUCGAAGCUCGCACGCUCCUUCGACCGCAUCCGGUCGAUCGUGCGCAAGCAGAAGCACCGCAAGGAGAAUUCCGAAAAUGAGAAGAACAUUCGACUGGAACAAAUCGUCCGCGAGGUGAUGGACAAGUCUGACAGGGAGAAAUACGCGAUCCAGGAGACCGUGCUGAGCCUACCCAAGGACAAUAUCUACAAUAGGUCGUAUCAGGAGAGCCUUAAUCAGCCGGUCUUUACGUACGAUCCGUCUAACGUCUACCGCCAGGCAACCCUCACCACUUACAGUCAGAGCAGCCAGGAGACAGUCAAGGAGAAUAAGAAGCUUACCGAAAAGGACAACAGCAAUGAGACCAAUCCACAAGAAAAUAUAGAGCUGGAUGUGCUGAAGGAUAUCAGCAAACCGGACGAGGAGGUGGCUAUGCUACCAGAAGAGAAGCAACCCGUCACUCGGAACAACGAUGGCAUAGAAACGCGUCCUUGGCACGCUCUUGUGAGCUACGUGGACGAGCUCACGGUCGGAGGCAGGAGGGACAGCAAGGGACGGUACGUUGAUGGGAUGGGCUCGUUCCCGGGGUUCGGCAGGAACAAGCAGCGCAAGGAACCGCUGGACUGCCUCCCCCAGCACUGCUACCAGAAGUGUAGCUUUAUCAAUCGUUGCCUCGCCACGGACCUCGGCAAGAAGUGGAUAAAAGUCCGUACGGUCGUCCUGUCGGUGGUGGACACGCCCGCUUUCGAAUGGAUGAUCCUAGUUUUAAUUUUUGCAUCUUCCAUAACGCUGUGCUUCGAGGACAUCUACUUAGACGACAAUCCUUUUUUGAAGAAGAUUCUCUACUGGACCAAUCUUGGCUUUUGCGCACUUUUUAGCGUCGAGAUGCUCCUGAAAUGGCUAGCGCUAGGCUUCUGUAAAUACUUCACCAGUUUCUGGACAAUCCUGGAUUUUAUAAUCGUUUUCGUAUCCAUGUUUAGCCUUUUGAUAGAAGAGAAUGAGAAUCUCAAAGUAUUACGAUCGCUGAGGACACUACGCGCCCUGAGGCCGCUGAGGGCGAUUUCGAGAUGGCAAGGCAUGAGGAUCGUAGUGAACGCGUUGAUGUAUGCGAUUCCUAGUAUAUUCAACGUGCUCCUCGUCUGUCUCGUGUUCUGGCUUAUUUUUUCGAUAAUGGGCGUCCAGUUCUUCGGUGGAAAGUUCUUCAAGUGCGUCGACGAGUACGGGGAACUGCUGGACACCUCGAUAGUGAACACGAAAGAGGAGUGUUUCAGCAAGAACUACUCCUGGGAGAACAGCAAGAUCACUUUCGACCACGUUGGCAUUGCUUACCUGGCCUUGUUUCAAGUGGCAACCUUCGAGGGUUGGAUGGAGGUGAUGGAGGACGCGGUGGACGCGCGAGGAGUGGAUCUGCAACCGCAAAGGGAGGCGAAUCUCUACGCCUACCUUUACUUUGUCAUAUUCAUCGUCUGCGGUUCAUUCUUCACUCUCAACCUCUUCAUUGGAGUGAUCAUAGACAAUUUCAACAUGCUGAAAAAAAAGUACGAAGGUGGAGUGCUAGAAAUGUUUUUGACCGAGAGUCAAAAACACUACUACACUGCCAUGAAAAAGCUCGGCCGUAAAAAGCCGCAAAAAGUUAUAAAACGUCCGAUGAACCAAUUCCUCGCAAUGUUCUACGACCUGUCCAAUUCUCGCAGAUUCGAAAUUGCGAUCUUCGUUUUGAUAUUCCUCAACAUGCUGACGAUGGGGAUCGAGCACUACAAUCAGCCCCAUGCGAUCUUCUUCGUCCUCGAAGUGUCAAACGCGUUCUUCACGACCGUCUUCGGCCUGGAGGCGAUCGUCAAGAUAAUCGGUCUGCGUUAUCACUACUUCACGGUGCCCUGGAACCUGUUCGACUUCCUGCUGGUGUUGGCGUCCAUCCUGGGCAUACUGAUGGAGGACAUCAUGAUGGACUUCCCUGUGUCUCCGACGCUCUUGCGAGUCGUGAGGGUGUUCAGAAUCGGUAGAAUCUUGAGGCUCAUCAAGGCCGCGAAAGGUAUCCGUAAGCUGCUUUUCGCCCUCGUCGUUAGUCUUCCAGCGCUCUUCAACAUUGGGGCCCUGCUGGCCCUGAUCACGUUUAUCUAUGCCAUCAUCGGCAUGUCCAUUUUCGGACACGUCAGGAAACAGGGCGCAUUGGACGAUAUGGUAAAUUUCGAAACCUUCGGUAGAAGUAUGCAGCUACUAUUCCGUUUGAUGACGUCAGCUGGGUGGAACGACGUGCUAGAGUCGCUGAUGGUGCAACCACCCGAAUGCGAUCCCACCCCGAACCCCCGACAAAUGAACGGAGAUUGUGGAUCUCCUUUGCUGGCGAUCACGUACUUCACGUCGUUCAUUAUUAUUAGCUAUAUGAUAGUCAUCAAUAUGUAUAUCGCCAUCAUCUUAGAGAAUUUCAAUCAGGCUCACCAGGAAGAGGAGAUUGGUAUCGUCGAGGAUGACUUGGAAAUGUUCUACAUCCGAUGGUCGAAGUACGAUCCGCACGCGACUCAAUUUAUCAGCUUCGCACAGCUGAGCGACUUCAUAGCGAGCCUGGACCCGCCGCUGGGGAUAUCAAAGCCCAACGUGGUAGCGUUGGUCAGCUUUAAUCUUCCCAUCGCAAAGGGUAACAAGAUUCAUUGUCUGGACAUCCUGCACUCACUCGUCAAGCACGUUCUUGGACACGUCGAAGAAUCGGAGGACUUUAGAAAACUGCAAGAACAGAUGGACGUCAAGUUUAAGAAGCAGUUCCCGACCAGGAAAGAAUUGGAGAUAGUGUCUUCCACGAGACUCUGGAAGCGGCAAGACAAAGCUGCCAGGUUGAUUCAACAUACUAUUAAGGAGUACAUUGCAAUGAAAAAGGAACGCGAGAGGAUCGCCCAGGAGGUGGAUUCGCAGACGCAGACCUCGAGCCCAGGCGUGGAUGGUAGGGGCGGUGGUGGAUGGGGCGGUAAACUGUCGGCCCUGUUGCAUGUGCAUCGGGGUAGCCGGGCCAGUAGCCGCAAGUCCUCCAGGGCCAGCGACGCCAGCGAUCUCAGCGAACUUGGCACCGCCUCGGCGUGGCUGUUCCCGAAUCUUCCUCUGCUGUUGCUCUCCGGCGCCACAGGAACCCACGAGGACCUGCAACCCCCGGCACUGACCGUGUCCCGUCCCUCACCAACCGCCGAACAACCCUCCGCCGCCUCCAGCUCUGGCUCGGAUUCCCAUGGUACCGUUAGGUCGCUGAGCUCCACGCUGGGCCGGCAGGACGCAGUGGAGAAGUACCCGGAGGAGGAUGUGGUCAGCCCGCCGGUCUCGAAGCGCGGCUCCCUGCGUCCGAGCGGCACCACCCUCUCGCUGAACACGUUGCAGCGGGACAUCAAGGAGGCGUUCAACCGUCGCUGCGGCAGCCUGAGACGUCGGGCGCCACCGCCGGAGCCGGUGCAGCUGCCGGUCGAGAGUAGCGACGUGAGCAUCCUGGUGACAGAGCCGAGCCCGGAGAACACGGCGCCGCCCACGAGGCCGCCCUUGCUCAGGCAGCAGUCGGAGGCGACGGUGGUGCACGUGCUGGUGCACAGGGAGAGCGAGGAGUACCAGGACGCGCCGGACGACAGCUGAUCCUAGUCGAUCUUAGGCGCGUAGGUCCUCCGACGACGACGAUCAGCGAUGAUCAGCAGCGAUGCGACGGCGCGGCGCGCGGUUCGAUGAUAAAUACAUACGUAGAUUACGUAUACGUACGUGUAAACUUUUCACACAGCGCUACAGACGUAAUAUUAGAGGUAGAAUGCGGACGACGUCCGGUUGGCGACGAUGGCUUCCUCGAGGCGACUUCUCCUCGGGACGGAGUGCGGCGUGUGAGUGCGACGUGUAUGCGUGUGUACGUGCGAGUGUGGUCCAGGUGAGACGAGACGGUUUUUGUACGUGGCGAUGGUUCUCGGCCCCCGAUUUCGUGGAGAUCAUUGGCGAUGGGAUGGUAGAUUCCUCGUUAAGUUGGCGACUGCUUUCGCGGAUGUCCGUUCACUUAGAAACGCGGUACCGUUUUGUUGAGUCUGUGACGUUCCCGGUUAGAGACGAUGUGAUCAAAAAUUAACGAUUAGCGCCCGUAACUAUUAAGGAAAUGCUUUCUGAUUGUCAUUAAGUGUGUCCAUGCGAUUAUCGGUGACUAGACGACAAAGGGAGCUAAUUUUGUAUAACAACGUAGCGCAAUCUUGUUACAUGCAACAUUUACAACGUAAGAAGUGACAGACAUAACGUUUAAUUCCUGAUUAAAUUAAAACGUCGCGAUUAUUUCAAAAAUUCCGCUUAGCAAACUAGCUACGAAAGAAACGAACACACGAUUUUCUUUUUGAGCAUCUGCCUAUUUGAGGAUGUAAUUCUUGAGCAAACUUUUGCUUCGUUAUCGUGAGAAAAGGAAAGUUGAGAGCCAUUGCACUAAGAGACGAAGGAAGGGACAAGGACGAGAUCGCAAAGAAAUUGUCGAUAGCUUCUAUCACAAUCACAAAUAAACGUAUCGGGGAAUUCGGGCAUCAUUACUAUGUCGAUGGUGCUUGCUUCUUCACAGAAAUGCAUGCACCAUAAAUUCGCCGAAUUCGUCGUAACGACGAAUGAAUUGUAUAAGGAUGAAUUACCAGCGUAGCGGAAAUAGCCGUUUUCGCAACGCGAGAGCACACUUUGGCCAAGAGGCAUCAGUCCUCGAAGUGAAUUAAAUCAUUGUUCUUCAGCCUAAUAAACCUCUUAGAUUAAAAAGCCAAGCGAACACAAGCUUAAAAAUAAUUUUUUUCUCUUUUCAUAUUAGUCAUACAAAACUAAAUUUUCAUUUCUUGUCUCGAAACAAGAAUUAAUUUCUUAAUUUAUAAAUAAUUUAUAAUUUAUAAUUUAUAAAUAACUGUAGUGUUACUUAAUCAUUUCUUUUUUCACUUCGAGCAUUGAGCCGUAAUCAUUACCGAUGAGAGAUCGAUUUUGACAAUUGGUUCGAUUAAUGAGAAAUAUUUAUCAUACUAUUAUAUUAGUAGAGAGUUGAACUAAAAUAUUAGACACGCCAGUGUACAUAAUAUAAAUAUAUAGCGAACGAUUUAUUAUACUAUUAAUUUUUGCUACGUAAAGAGAUCAAUAUUAACGCGAUUGACGAAUCAUUAAUAUUAUCGUAAAUUCUAAAAAUUUAGCGCUUUACAAGAAAUACUUUGAGGUAUGAAUCUUAAUAGAGUUUAAUCGCGCACUUCCGACGCCUUUGGGUCAUACCGACCCGUACAAACUACUCGCAGCAUUAGUUUACAGUAGCAGUUUUGUCUACGCCACGUAUAACUGAUAUUAAAUAUAAGGUACACAAACAGAUGCAAUCUGAACGUUAGUUUUGUCGCAAGAAAGAAGUAAUUAAUAAAUGAGAAACAUAAUUACAUUGCGAGUACAUUAGGCUAAAUAAUUCGUACGAGAUUAUCAUCAAGGCGACGCUUUUUGCCAAUACUUGAACUAAUCGCAUAAUCAAUUAUCGUUAAUCAAUCACGAAUAGCUAGUUUGGGAUACGAUCGGAUUUUCCUCCGAGAUAGCGACUAUUUCUAAGUUACGCUACCCUGGUAAAAACAUGCUUUCGAUUUAUUCGUUAACUUGCUUCUUCGAUAAAUUUUUAACAAAAAUGUAGAGUUACUUAAUCACAGCAUUGAGCAUCCGUACGUGAACAGCAAUUAUUUACGCAGAGCAUCGAAAUUAUUUAAUAAUUUUGAAUGCUGAGAAAGUGAGAAUUUUUAACACUGAAAAUUCAAAGUUAUUUCAAAGAUCUAGAGAUUACAAUCCUAAAUAUCAAGAUUCUAAAUUGAACACUUGAUUUGUAAGAUUAGUGACAGUUAUAAAAUUUAUGAUGAAUUGAUUCAGUCAAUUUUAAUCGCUUGUUUGAGAUAACAUUGUGACGUUGUUGCUUGAUUUCACUAAAUUUCAGAUAUCGCCUGAUAGCUUCCAAUACUGAUUUAAUGGCUUCAAAUAAUCGUGAAGGCGACAUUUGCACUCGCGUGCGCGCGUAGAAAUGCAUCUCGGUAAGGAUAAUUGAAACUACCUUUUUACUAAAACUCUACAAUUAUAUACAUCGUGAUCCUUGUCUCUUACGUCGUAAUUAAGGGUGGUCGGACCAAAUCUGGGCACAUUCAACUCCGUUGAACGGUUUUCUCUUCAAAAAAUAGAAAAAGGAAAAACAGGAGACCUAGGUUGUUAGCACGUAGAUAACGCAGACCGCGCGGAGUUUGCUACGAAGAACGAAUUUUACCGGUAUACAAAAAGAGUACUGCCUCAAAUCUUAGGGUAAAUUACUCGCGACGUCACUGACGGCGAGACAGCUUGAAAAACGAAUAAAACAAAGGAGAUAAUGUGGCUUCCUUCGGUGAUCGUGAUAAUUGUCGCGUAAUCAAAGUACUCCGAUUCCGUUUCUUUCCUCAUAAUGACACAGGGUGUCCCGCGGUUGAGUCAGAAACUGGAUACGUAACGCGUUGUACCUCUCUCACAAAACUUCAAUUAAAUGUUCAAAUAAAAAUGCAAAACUACGUACCGAAAAUAAAGUGCUUCCCGCGAAUUAGCAUCGAAUUUCAAAAAUACAAAUAGCGUCAAACGAAUAGAUAGGGAGAAAGAAUAGAAAGGGAGAAAGGGAACGUAUGAAUUUUAUCAGAAAGGAACCAGUAUUGUCCUUCAAUUCGCGGGAGCCCCGUACGUGCAAUCAUCGCUUGAGUUGAGUAUCGCAAAAAGCAGUUUGAUCAGCUGAUCAGAGCGCAAAGCGGAUCUCCUUGCGAUCCGCAGGACGAAAAAUUCAUAACACCUCGCGACGAUCAUUAUACAUCGUACUGCCAUAGCUGUUCGAUUAAUUAGACACGUUUUUGUUGUGCACAUAGCGAGGAUGGACGUUGAAGGCAACGUUCAUGCACGCCCACAUCCUCAUUCAGCUUUAGCUUUCAAUUUAGCUCAUUCAGGUGCUUUUACUCACGUUUCUCUCUCGACUUUCGCGUUCCCUACGCAGUUAGUUAAUUAGAGCUGCAAAAAGACGAAACAUCGCACAAAAACGAGACAUUGCCGUGUCACGGAGGGUUUCUCGUUGCACAUCUUCGACAUUCGAUAGCUGCGUAGUCGUGCGUUGACUUGAUCCUUCUAACGUCACAUUAAAAGAGUCGCCUAAUAAGUUUAAUAAUAAUAAUAAUUAGUGCCGAAUAUAUAUAUAAAACUAAGGACAUUAAAGAAUUUCUAUAUGGCGCAUAUUUUCAGAUAAAAUUGUUAAAGGAUUAUAUAUCUUCUUUCAAUCGUUUGAUUCUCGCGCGAAACGAGCGAGUAGAUCAAUUUUCUGUAGGUAGAAACGUAGAUGAACGAAAGUUUAUGAAUGAUCUACGACUGUUUCACGAGAUAUUCUGGAGCAGGUAAAAAUAUGAGAGGAUUGUUGAAGGACUUAAGAGCUUUUUAUUCUCGACUGCGACUUUUGACGAUGAAGCAUAUUUCGCUGGACAUCGAACGUCAAUGAUUUGCAAUCGUCCUCUCGAGGAUUUUCAAUAUCGCAAGUCGCAGUCGAGGAUAAAAUUGUAGACGAUUAGACGUCAGUUUUAACUGGAGCAUUGGUUUAAUGAAGUUCUUAAAACUGGCUUGAAAGGUAGCCGAUAAUAUCCGACUUUACGCGCGAUUUCCUUUAAAUUCCUUUGUAAAGCCGAGCGAUUAAUUAAUCGCGAGCGAUAAUUCAGUCUCUCUUAUCGAAUGUUAAACUUUCUCAAUAUAAAGCCUCGACGUAAUCCUGUGAAAUUGCAAUCGCAUCUCGCUUACGUUCCAUCGUUAUUUACGUACAAUUGCAUACACCAGCAUCUACGAGCGUGAUUUAUAUGAAAGCAUAAUCGCGCGAAGAACUCGCUUCUCAAGCCUGCAAAAUCAUGCAAAGUCAUGAAUGAUCGCCGUUACUUGUCACGUAACGCUUUUCAAUCGUACAAAACGAGAUGGAAACUCGCUGCACAAUAACGCGGUUCAUAUGUUCGUACCUCCGAGGUUUUCUGGCCACCAACGCAUCCCGAUAUCCAAAAUCUCUCGCGGGACCGGCUCUUCAGACGUCCACGAGUCCACGUUGUUCCCUGAAGCUUAACGAACAUUGGUAAUGAUUAAUGCUGCUGGAAGCAGCAUGGGAAAUGUGCGUCUCGCUGACGUCCGGAGCCCGGACACCCUCAUCUUCGCUAUUACGCUAUUACUAUCUCGCGCAGUGGUAAAACACGUGAGGCUGGCUUCGCUAGGUUUCGUUAGAGCUGCCAACGAGCAGUGAAGAUGACACACGCGGGCGCACAUUAAAAUUUCCAUGGACAACGAAUUAUUUUAAGGGCUCUUCUUGCAACUCGUAUUCUUUCACCCUGAAGAAGCCUUACGUUCUGACAUUCCGCGCGUGGAUCCUUCCCGGUGCGACUUCCCGCAUCACUGUCACCCCGCGUAUCGCUAGCUACUCUCUUUCUUUCCUCUCUUCGCAUAGACGAGAGACAUUGCCGCUGAAAUGCCACAACCUCACGUUGACCUAUAGUGCCUAUUAUCAAUUAGCGGACACCGAAUGAAUCGGGUGGCGUUGUCGAAGUCCCAUUUUACAAGCAUCCCAGGUUGCGUAGCGCUCAAAGCAUCUUUGGUCGGUAUCCUUGGAUAUUCCUCGGACAUUCGAUGUCUAACGCAACGUCUUUUUUCUGCUCACACAUUAGGAUACCACGUACAAUACACGAUAAUAAUGAUAAUAAUAAGCGUAUUUGAGAGAGCUUUGCAGUUUCGCAGAAAGUGAAACGAAUUUAAUUUGGAGUCAUUUACAAAAUCCGUAAUUUAAGAGAAAUAAAUAUAUACUAAAGCUAAAAUGCAUGUGAAAUUUUAUUUACAACAAUAACGGCGUGCUUGCACUCAUCGGAACAUCCCAGAGAAUAUCCAAGCGCACCCAUCAGACAUCCGCGCCGCAUGAGCGACGAUGUUGACACGUGUAUAAAGUAUAAAUUAGGCCCGCGUAGCGUUAUUACGAUAUUACUGUACCGACGACCGUUAAUCAGACCGUAGUACUUCUGUGCUUGACAAGCUUGACAACUCCGUUCGCGCACGUGAAAGACGACAAAGAACAAGGAGGCGGAAUGGAAAGAAGAUAAUUGGGAUAAAGCGACGAUUCGGCGGCGGCGACCACGAGGGUGGCCGGCGACGAACUCGCAGAUCAGGAAUCAGGAACGGAUCCGGGAUCCUCGGGAGCUGGUUUUCACGAGGCAUAUAUGAUAGAAUUAUAUGUCAAUUAAAAUUAUAUAUAUAUAAAAAGAACACGGGAGAGCGCGCGUGCACACGCACGCAUACACCAACACACAUACACACCCCAUACGUAUACAUGGCAUAGGAAAAUUCAACGCAGAUGUGACGAUAAAUCGAUAAAUGUUUAUAUAAUAUAUAUAUAUAUAUAUAAUAUACAAACCUGUAUUAUAUAUACAUAAAAUAACGUAAGUGUGGGAUUUGUGAUGCUUACGGAUUUACGAUGCGUGUGCACGCGCGGCCGUGGGUGUACAUGCGUCUGUCUGCGCACACGUACUUGUACAUAUUAUAUAUAUAUAUAUAUAUAUAUACACACACAUACAUAGAUAAAGUAUGAAUAAAAUUAACAAAGCGCGAUAUAUACCAUUAUUAUUACCGGAAGUGAGACUGGACGUCUGCACUCUCGAGGAGCUGCGUCUUCUUCGACGGCAACUGUACAAUCACGCGUGGGCGGCCGCCCUUACAAGAGAGAUCGCUCUAGUUUUCUUCUGAUCACGCAUACGUGUGCGAACGAAUUAACUGCGUACGCUCAAGCCUACAGAUACUCGCUGGUAUGUAAUGGAACACACGCAUCACCGGGGUAACGUAACAAUUAUACAUAAAUAGAGAUAUACGCAUAACGGGAAACGAGACGACAGUUUGUAUCGCUGUUGCUUCGAGCUGCGCAAUACCGUUCUCUAUCCGAUUAGGCCCACUCCAGGAUUCGAGAGAGAAAGAGGGAGAAGAGAGAGAGAGAGAGAGAGAAAUUUGCAACGAAGAAGUGGCGGACACCAGUUGCUGCAAGUUUUUUCGAGAGUAAUCAUCCCCUUGCUCCUCUCUCUCUCUCUCGCUCCCUCGCUUGAAAUCAGGGGUCCAGGCCGCGUUUCGUCCGGCCUUUCGUGCCGUCAGGCUCGAAGACCGAGCGAUCCGUAUCGUGCGAGACUACUUAAACGAAUUGUAUAUUCGAUGAAUAAUAUAAUGCACACGGGGCAAAUUUACGUAGGAUACAUACGAGCCGUUAGUGUCUUCAAAAGUAUCUGGCUGGGAUGUACCGGGUCUCUCUCGAAGUGUCAGGAACAACUGCUCGGCGAAGGGCGACAACGGCGGCUGCUUCCUCGGAAACGCAAAGCGUUUAUUACAUUAGACACACACGUACACUCGUUAACCCGCUUCGCUUUCGGUCGCAGGUCCCCGAUGUCGUCGGAGAUGCGUUUUGCGAGCCCCCGCGGAGAAUAUGAGAGGAACGGUUCCGCAGCACGCGCGAAUGUCUUCUAAUCUUCAGAGAUCGCUUUCGAGUUGGAACUUUCGGGGCUUUCGUAAUUGCGUUUACUCUCGAGUAUUCUCCGCGGGGGAUAAGCAGAGGCUGCUUGACAGAGACGAAAAAGUCGUUCCCUGAGAGGCACGAUAAGAGAAAAUCCGCACGAGACGAACACGCGCGAACGUCGGAGACUUAUACCGAGCUUAUAAAAUAUUUUAUGGUCUAGCCGAUAGUCGACGGCGAUAUCGUGGCGUUUCGCAUUAAAAUUAAUGACUCUCACACCCGCCGUUUUUUGUAAAAAAAAAAGAUGAGGAAAGGAAGAACGGAAAGACCCGCAGAAUGACCUGCGUCAGUCCAUUGUUGCUCGCGGCAGAGAGAAAGGAAUAAAUUCCGGGAAACUCGGCGGCGAUUCACUCUGAGAUCGAUUCUUCUUCUCGAUUAGCGAUCUAAGAUUGAAUUUCUCAGGAUGGAUCUCCCUGACGCUUUUCCUCCGAUUCGUCCGCUUCUCGCAGGGCAAAUAUUUAAGUGGUUAAUUAGGUACCAUAAAAUGUUUUACACGAUUUAGCGGUAUAAACGCCUCUCUCGAGGAUUCUCUCUCUCUCUCCGGCUAGUCUGACAGCAAUCUUAUUUCCUUUACGUAUAUAUAAUUUUCUCUCGCCACUCUUAUAUAUAUACUUUUAAUGCGGAUAGUGGCAUCGUAGGCCAUUUCUCAUACUCCGCUAAUCAUGAGAUACGAUUGUGCACGUCUCUCUCUCUUACUUCUCUUUAUCUUUUAAUUAUAAACAAUUAAUUAAACAACCAAGGACCCGUUGUGUACGUGCGUGCGUAUGUAUAUGUGUGUAUGUGUCUAUGUGUGUGUGUGUGCAGUGCGAUGGCCUCGGUUAACUAAUUCGAUAACUUGCUGUUGCUUUCCAUGGCGCCCUUUGUACACAGAAUGGCUCGAAUGACUCGACUAUCUGUUAAAAUCGAAAAAAAACUUUCAGAAUUAAAUUGGCAAUUAUCGUCUUGGCAAAAUGAAUAUCUUUAAAAGUAUUUUAUAUAAAUUGUAUCUGCGAAUUCAGAGAUUUCGUGAUUUACUUACCAGUUUUUCAAUUUUUAUCAUUAAAUGGUUACCGUUAAGCGAUUACCGCCAAAAGAAACGACGACAACUACAGCAGAUUCUCUAAAAAGGGGAAAAAUUUAGUUGGCCGUGCCGAGCACGAAGUAAUGUCAGUGCAACGGGCCCGAAGAGACUCGCAUUACCGAUGCGACGCUGGUCUAUCGAGACAUUGCAACGCGAUCUUCGAUAAGUUUAGGUCAGUCUUGAAUUCGAAUGCGUAUAUUGUAUAAUAUUUCUCAUUUCGCUCUGCCUGGCUCGAAGGCGCGUAACUCGUCAAUACACAACGUUGUUAACAAUAUUAAAAUAGUAUAUAAUUAUAAAUAAUAAUACAAAUAAAAAAGAUAAUUAGAAAUGUUAAAAUA